UCUUGGAAAGGCCACUUCAGAGCUGCCCUGGCUGAGGCUCCGACGACAGACUCUGCUUCUGCGUGGUUUGCAAGGUGCCAAAAACAUCUCCGGUGCUCCGGCAGGAGCGGCCAAUGGAAGUCGCGGCCGGGACCCCUCCCACUCCCUGCUCCCCCCUCCCGCCCCCCUCAGUGGCAUCCCAGCUUCCUGCCUCUCUCUCUCCCUCCUGAUCGGCCUGACGCAGAAGUGAGGACCUGACAGCCGCAGGACCUGUAGAACCCUCUGUCUGUAGGUCCCAGACAGAGCCUCGGCCUUUCCAAAGAUGGCCUGGAGACAGCUGUUCCUGCUCUCCUGUCUCUCGGCCGUGCUGCUCCUGUCCAUCCUGCCGGAGGGGACUGCUGUGGCGGUGGGCACCAGGCGGCUGGCAGCACAAGAGGUGCAGGAAGGUGAGUGCCGGGGCCACCCAGGGGGCUCCCGAGGUAGCCCUGGUGAGCAUGUGCCGGUUGUGACCGGCUUCUCUCGGGUUUCAGGCGUGGAAGGGAAGAUUUUCAUGCAGGAAUCCGACGCCUUGAAUUUCCUCAAGAAGCGAGGCAGGCGGUCCCUCAAACCCCGAGAAGAGGUCAAUGCGGAGAACAGGCAGAAGCUGCAGGCGGACGAGCUACGGAGAGAACAUCUCGAGGAACAAAGGAACGAGUCUGAGAACUUCGCGGAGGAGCAAAACGAUGAACAGGAAGAGAGAAGCCGGGAGGCCAUCGAGCAGUGGCGCGAGUGGCACAGUGACGGCCUGUACCCACCCUAUCUCUACAACCGCCACCAUGUCUGACCUCAGCCCGAUGCGCCCAGAAGACGGCACCUGACACACCCGCCCACCCUCGGUAUUCGGGCACCUCUUCUGCGUACAGACAGGCCCCGCCCCACGGCCUCAGCCCGGGGCCUUCUGUUCUCGUGGACGGAAACGCCCUGGCUUGCGCUUCUGGGCAGGUGAACUUCUGAGGUGAGCCAAGGCCUGUGGGGCUUCACCCCUAUGGUGGUUUCCCACUGCUUCGCCAUGGUUCCCACAGCGAGACUCCUGGCCCAUUGAACAAUGCAAGAAUCACAGGAGAGAGAAAAGAUCACGUGCCUGCUUAGAGUUUACGAAUAAAAACGCUGAGUCAACACUCUGUACCGUCGUCUUCUCGAAUCUCACACUGAGCCGCACCAGCCUGCCCCUCCCGGGUGACGCUGGGACUCUCACCGACUUGGGUGGCGGGAAGCU